AUUGUACUGACUUACUUCCGCUUCCGUUUUCUUCCUUAGCAACGUUUCAACGUUUAUACACACAGGAGGUGUAUAUAAAACACAGUCAAUGUCAGAACACGGAGAAGAUACUCCACGUGAAGUGGAAGGCCAGGCAGAUGAUGCCAAAAGCCAGAAAAGUGGCACAAAGAGCCAGCCAGGCUCUAAACCAACCUCUAGAGUUGGUUCAGCUGCAUCCAAGAAGAGUGGAAAAAGUGGGGAUGAGAAGAAACCAGAUGGACCACCAUCACCGACAGGGUCUGCCAAGGACAAUCCGGCCGCUGACUGGAGAAACAUGCGAAGAAUCAUUGCUGAGGACCCUGAGUGGUCCCUUGCUACUGUUCCACUGCUAGUGGAGCUUUCACUCAAGCACAUCAUCAGUAAUUUUGAAAAUAACUCUUCAAUUUUGAACAACCUUCUACCAAAACACAAGACCAAAGUGCUAGAGAAAAUAUCCACCGACAUUCCCCUGAAAAUCACUGCCAACCUAGUGGAAGAUGAAGGCUACUGGAAACGUUGCUGCAAAGCUCGAUGGGACAUCUGUGAUGUGGCAGCAUAUGGUGGAAGUUGGAAACGCAUGUAUUUUGAGAGAAAUCUUCAAGAGAUCAUUGAGCAAUUUGUUCCGGAGACAACCGACAUGACUCGUCUAAAUGAAACCCUUCCACUUUCUGCAAACUAUGUAAAAAAGAUUGACAUUAGGCAAUUGCUGCCACCUGUAAGGGAAGCACCAAAAGGACCUGACUUUGAUGAUGCAUCUGAUGCUGGGAGUGAUGCGGGCGAUGAACCUGAAUGUGAUCACUUUAAUUUCGGACCUGUUCUGAAAAUGCUGCCACACCUUCAAGAGUUACACCUGACGUAUGGUGUAAAAGAUUGUGGAAUGAAUUUUGAGUGGACAUUAUUUCAGUUUACUGCUAGAGACUGUCUUCAGCUUGCUCAAUGUGUGGCAGCCUGCAAACACCUCAAAGUAUUUAGACUUCACAAAAGCAAAGUAGAUGAUGAUAAAGUUAGAGUUCUCAUAAGUCACAUUCUGGACCACCCGAGUAUGGUAGAGCUAGAUUUGUCCCACAACUGUAUUGGUGAUCGUGGGGCUCGUGCUGUUGGAAAGUUCCUUAACAACCAUAGUCAGCUGACCAAACUGAACCUAUGCGACAACCAGAUAAGGUCCACGGGAGCUCAAGCAAUCGCUCAUGCCCUUACCAAAAACACAACAUUGCUGAGUCUAAAUUUGAGGCUGAACAGAUUAGGGGAUGAGGGAGGUCAGGCAAUAUGCAGAGCACUGCUGAAGAACUCCACUCUCAGAGAAAUCAAUGUUGGCAGUAACGAAAUGGCAGAGCCGACAGCAGCCAUCUUGUCCCAAGUUGUGAUUUCAAACCUUACACUGCGAUCCAUUGAUUUGUCCUGCAACAGGCUUGGACCGGACGGGGGCAAACAGCUCCAGGAAGGCAUGGAGGAGAACUCCACAAUCACAACAAUGGACCUGCGCCUCACUGAGUGUGGCCAAGAGUCGGAGUACUGUAUCAACCAGCGCCUUCACGGCAACAAGGAAAAAGAACGGGAAAGCACCCUUCAGGAAAACCCCAUCCUUGAGAAGAAGAUUAAACCACAAGCGGCACAUAGGUUUCAGUCCAAGGCAGCGCUGAGUCGGGCUUAGCUUCAGGCUUCAAUGGCAAACUUUUGUUUAAUUAGUUUUUGCAUCAUUCUUGAAGUGAUGCUUCGAGACUUGAUCCGACUUAUAUGACUGUGUUGCAUUGUUUUACCUGUGAUAUCACACAUAGUGUACAUUGAAAAAAAUGUAAACAAUUUCUGCAUUUGGAAAGUAUCGGUAUGAAUAAAUGUUAUGUUUACA